CUCGUUGACACUGUGUAUAAUAGUUGUUGUAGUUAAAUAAACAGGUUGAAAUAUGGAAAAACUUCGUUGCGAGUUUUCGAAAGGAUGACUCACUUCCGGUAGAAGCCAACUGUCGUCUGCUGAACUCGGUGCGCCCGCGCACGUUCGUGCGCAACUUAAAUUUGGCCGCACGACCUUUUCGGUAUCGCAGUUUCUUGUGCCUCGCUUGUUUCGAUUAGUCUGGUACGUCAUAACUGGCCUCAAACCUUACAAAUCUUGUGUGUGGCGUUGAGUUCUAACGAGACGGAUCUCGUACUAACUUGAUCAGUGCGUGCACAGAUCGAGUUGCAAGCAGGUUCUUAAUUAACAGGCCGGAGAGCGUCCACUCGUGAACCAUGAGGGUUGGAUUAUAGCUGAGGUUUUUAACACUAUUAUUUUGUUGACAGAGAAUGCGCACGAUCCUUUGACCUUUGGAUAAUACACUUCACGUCGAAGAUAUCCCGAAGAUGCGCUUAUAUACUUGCGGAUUCAGCGGUAAGGUCGGAAUAAUACAACCUGAAUUCCAGCUGUCGACUCAUUGGGAGUACUUUUGCUUCCAGUCGUCUUCAAAGAAUAAGAAAACGUUCUCAUAUAACGAGGACGCGCGCAUGCACGUAAGCGCGACCUUCAAUGCACAGAAACUUUCGUUGAAGCUGCGGCUCUUCGACUCUUUAACUUACGCACCGCCACUCACCUAACUUCUACGGAAGGUACCACACACAACCUCCGUUUCCCACGGUCAGUGGCAGCCGCAGGAACAUGUUAAGGGAUUUAUCUAUUCUCACUCGUUAACCUUGAGUUAUCCCGUGAGCGCAGGCACAGCGGUGAUUUUCCGAGUUUCGUGCGGCCCACUCGAGUUUCGGCCGCUCUUCAGCUGACUGCCUGUUCUUCGUUGCUCAAUUCGCGAAAGGUGAUACCUCGCCCGCGAGCGCGCACGGACUUUGCUCCACCGACGGUGCGCGAAGUGCGCCCAGCUCAGUCUGGAGCAAUGGGCAAAGAGGAAGCGGUGCCUUGCGCUGUCAUCGGCUGUAAAGCCAGCGACAGAAAAGGCGUUAAGACCCGACAUGUAUUGCCUAAAGAUGACGCCUUGCGUUCUGCUUGGCUGCAGCGCAUUGGCCUACCAUCCACACACACGCGUAAACGUAUACGUGUUUGCGGUAGACACUUCGCACGUGACGCCUACGUGUACGACCAAGAAGUGAUGAAGCACGCGGACGUCGGCUGGUCAUGUACUCGUCUGAAAUCGACUGCCCUACCGACUUUGUUCCUUCCUGGCAGACAGCAUGACAAUCCGCCGCACAGAGGAGGUCAUCGCCAGGUCACUAGUGCAGCUGCAUCUUGUGACACACAGGCUGAAGGUUCACGGGAGCAUGACAAUCCGCCACACGGUGGAGGUCAUCGCCAUGUCACCAGUGCAGCUGCAUCUUGUGACACACAGGCUGAAGGUUCACGGGAGAGUGGCACUGGGACCAGCGAAUUGCAUCCAUCUACAGCUGGCAUAGAGGCUUCCUGUCAAGUACAGAUCUGCAAAUGCAGCUCUCCUACUAUGUGGCGCACUAUUGCAACUCAGGCUGCCAUUAUCACCAAGACUGUUUCUACAGAAACAUCACACAAGGAGACGCUGAAAAAAGAUGCUAGUAAGUGUACAUUGCCAUACAUGAAAAUUUGUGAGCAGUGCAUCCCUGUACUUACUGAAAGUGAGUGUUGUACAGUGUGCUCUGCGAAAAAUUCAUGAGCCAUACCACUCUGUGAAAGCGGAUAAUAAGUGAAGCUGUGCAGCAGAUGGCAUAGAGACGACACAUAAUUGUGAUGAAAGGUACAGAAAGCACAGAACUUUUCAAUUUGGAUGCGCUCCAUGAAAGCGUUUCCACCUCACUUUGCAUGGACCUCAACUGCAGCCCACAGGUUAUUUAUUGAUUUGUUAAUGCACUGAUUUAAUUGCCAAGUAAAUUAUUUCAUUUAUUUAUUGAUUUGUUUGCACACAUAUUUAUGUAUUUACCUUUUCUGCAUUUAUUUACUUGCUUAUUUCUUUAUUUACCUUUUUCUGUUUACUUUCAAGAAUAGAAAUUUCAUAGAUAAGUAUUGCAUGAGCUGAUGAGUAAUUAUUCGGUUAGUGACAUGACAAGCGAAAUGUUUUCUCAUGUGUAGGUGCUUUCUUCUGAGUCUACUGUAUUCUGUUAUCAGUGGCGAAGUAGGGUUUGCCAAAUUUCUGUGGCAUAUACCUGCUAUGUGGCUCUCUGCUCAGUAGGUAAUUGUCGAGUAGGUAACUGCUCAUGGUGCUAUGAAUCACAUAGUUAUAUAGUCACGUUGCUGUGAUGAAGUACGCAUCACACUC